GUGAAGUAGAUGAAGGGUGCUUGUUGGAGACUGGUUACCAGCUGAAAGGGCAAAGACUGGCUCCGGUGUUCUGCCGAGCAGUGCUGAUGACGAAUCUGCCAGCUAAUUUUCGUUUAUUUUUUACCGUAGCACACGUUUACUCGGGGCUACAGGUUGCCCGAAGUGCAUGGUAAAGUACGAGAGUUAUAGACAUGAACAAAGUUAGAAGAGGAAAGAAAAGUGAAAAGAUGCGGGUUAAAGUGGGGGUGUCAAAAUGAGUUAAUUAUAGAGUAUAUAGAUUUCUUAUCUGGGACUGUUAGAUGUAUUAUUAUUCCUCUCUAUACUACACUUUCUCUCAUGACUCUUGUCUGAACUUAUAUCUCAUCUCAUCUCAUCUCAACUUCUCUCAUCUCCUCUCCUCUCCUCUCAUCUCAUCUCCUCUCAUCUCAUCUCCUCUCAUCUCAUCUCCUCUCCUCUCCUCUCUCAUCUCUCCCAUGCCAAGACUAAGUAACUCUCGGCCAAACCUGUCUCUGUGACACUUACCCUAUUCAACAUUCUCCAUUCUCGUUAAUUCACAUUACAUAAUACUUCUAAAUUCUACUAUCCUACUUGAUGGAGUUCACCCACC